UGUUGCAGUGUUGCCACACUGAAGCAGGUAGUCUUCAGAGCCCUAAACACCUGUCCUAGGACCUGUGAUUAGUGUUUCUUCAGGAUGCUUGGUGAAGGAGGGCAGCUGAGUGAAGCUGGUCCUAAAUCAGUUUGUGCUGUUGGAAGUGGCCACAUGUCUGUCCUGUUACUGCCAUAGAAGAGAAGAAAGGAGGAGGAUCUUGAGUGGACAGAAGCAUGGUCAACUCGGAGACCCCCUUCAGGAUUGGUGUCCAGGUGCUCUUCCCCUAUCUGCUUGCUGGUCUAGGCAUGGUCACAGCAGGAAUGGUGCUGGAUGGGAUUCAGCACUGGGAUGUCUUUAAGGAGAUCUCAGAGAUAUUUAUCUUGGUGCCUGCUCUGGUGGGACUGAAGGGAAACCUGGAGAUGACCCUGGCCUCCCGACUCUCUACUGCAGCCAACACAGGGCAGCUGGACGACCCAAAGCAGCAGUGGAGAAUGGUGUGCAGCAAUCUGGCUCUCGUUCAGGUGCAGGCGACGGUGGUGGGCCUGCUGGCGGCAGGGGGGGCGGUGGCUCUGGGAGCGCUGGGCAGGGGGGCCGUCCAGCUGGAUCAUGCGGCCGUGCUCUGUGCCAGCAGCGUCAGCACAGCCUUCAUCGCAGCCCUCUCUCUGGGGCUGGUGAUGAUCGGAGUGAUCAUUGGCUCACGGAAGGUUGGCAUCAACCCCGACAACGUGGCCACCCCUAUCGCUGCCAGCCUUGGGGACCUCAUCACCCUCUCUCUACUGGCCGGGGUCAGCAGCUUCCUCUUCCAGGUUAAAGAGAUGUGGUACCUGUCCCCCAUCGUGUGUGGCUUCUUCCUGUCUCUAAUCCCUCUCUGGUUGGCCGUCAUCCGCAGCAGCCCACCAAUCAGGGAGGUGCUGCGAUCCGGGUGGCAGCCCGUCAUUCUGGCCAUGUCAAUCAGCAGCAUUGGUGGGCUGAUUCUGGAUAAGACCAUGAGCAAUCCAAACUAUGAGGGCAUGGCGGUCUUCACUCCGGUCAUUAACGGGGUCGGGGGGAACCUGGUGGGCAUCCAGGCCAGCCGCAUCUCCACCUACCUGCACUUCUGGAGUGUUCCGGGGGUCCUACCCCACAAGAUGAGGCAGCACUGGCCUGACCCCUGCAUGACCUUCUGCAUGUCAGGGGUGAACUCCACCUCAGCGUGGGUUCUCAUGGUCUUGGUGGUCCCUGGUCACCUGCUGUUUCUCUACACCAUCUACCUGCUCCAGGGUGGGCACGCGUCAAUCACACCCACCUUCACCUGCUGCUACCUGUGCGCUGCCCUCCUACAGGUCAGUCGGUUUCAUUUCCGCACCAACGAGAUCAAAGAAAUUCAUGUGUCAGUCUGUCCACUCUGAACAGUUGUGUUUUGGGUCACCUCGAUGACUUUAUAUUGAGGUUCAUCUGUGCUAUGGAUGUUUUGAGUAUACCGCAUGUACAGUACUUGAUAUACAGUAUGUGAUCUGUAGAAACAUUAGCAUUCACACACACACUCUUGACAGUUCCUUGACAGUUGACUGCAAUACUGUAUCUGCAACCUAAUUGUCUCUGGAGAGCAUCAGGGAGUCAGUGUGACUCAUGAACUUAGGACCCCAGCAGUUUGGAUUUAUACUGAAGAAAUAAACAAAGGCCAGGCUGCUUAGGGAGGGUGGAGUCUAAUAAAGUGUUGACUGUUACUAAAAGCUGUCCGAUUCCAUCCAAGCACGCUCUCACUAAAUGAAAGCCACAUGUUUAACACACACACUCACACAAGAACACACACGCACGCACGCACACACACACAUACACACACAC